AUGACACGCGUAGUAGUGACAGGAAUGGGAAUGAUUAGUCCUCUUGGUGUUGGAUUAUCACAUAAUUGGAAACAAUUGAUUGCUAAUAAAUCAGGAUUAAUAUCAACAACAACAUUAGCCGAUUAUGAAUCAGCCGGAUGGGACAAAAUCCCGUCAAAAGUAAUUGGUAAAGUACCUCAUGGGUCUAUACUGGAAGGUAAUUGGCAAGUAGGGGAUCAUUUACCGGCAAAUGAAGCUCGAAGAAUGGCCACUUUUAGUCAUUACGCCUUGGCAUCUACUCAAGAAGCUCUAACAGAUGCCCAAUUAUUAACUAAUAAUAACACUUUAAACAUGGAUACCUAUAAAAUUGGGGUGGCAGUAGGGAGUGGGAUUGGAUCAUUUGAAGAUAUUUAUAAUAAUUCAAUUGCUUAUAAUGCAUCUGGGUAUAAAAAAGUUCAACCAUUAUUUAUUCCCAAAUUACUAAACAAUAUGGCAGCGGGGAACAUUUCAAUUAAAUAUCAAACCAAAGGUCCUUUACAUUCGGUAUCAACUGCUUGUGCAACAGGAUUACAAGCUAUUGGUGAUGGGUUUAAUUUUUUGAAAAUGGGGUACGCUCAAGCAAUGAUUUGUGGUGGUACUGAAAGUUCAAUUCAUCCAUUAGCAUUAGCUGGUUUUGCUAGAGCAAGAUCAGUAGUUACUGAUUCUGAAUUUAAUUCUAAUCCAACGAAAGCUAGUCGACCAUUUGAUAAAUCAAGAAAUGGAUUUGUUUUAAGUGAAGGAUGUGGGAUUUUGGUUUUGGAAACUUUAUCUCAUGCUUUAGAAAGAGGAGUUACACCUGAUCAAAUUUAUGGAGAAAUUCUCGGGUACGGUGUUUCCGGUGAUGCAUAUCAUAUAACAGCACCACAUGAAGACGGUACAGGUGCCUAUAGUGCCAUGAAUCAAGCAAUUGAAAGAAGUGGGAUAGAUCCAGAACAGGUAGAUUAUGUAAAUGCUCAUGCUACAUCAACGGUGAUUGGUGAUCGGGCGGAAAAUAAUGCCAUGAUGAGAUUAUUUAAUCCACAGAAAACAAAAGUAUCAUCGACAAAAUCAUCCAUUGGACAUUUAUUAGGUGCUGCUGGUGCUGUAGAAUCAAUUUUUACAUUAAAUGCCAUCAAAACAGGUCAAGUACCGGCAACUUUAAAUAUCGAUAAUGUGGGACAACAUGAAGGAGAUGACCAAUCACAGUUUAAAUUUGAUUAUGUUGCUAAUAAGAGUAUUAGCAUGGAUGUUAAUUAUGCAAUAUGCAAUUCUUUUGGGUUUGGUGGUGUUAAUAGCAGUCUAUGUUUUGCAAAAUACCACAAUUGA